AUGAGUUAUGGUACAAGUGACCAUUUUCGCGCCACAAAGUACCCAAUUCGUGGUACUAGUGACCAUUUUCGUGGUACAAACUACCAUAGUAAUGUUACAAAUAACCAUUUUCCUGGUACAAAGUACCAAAUUCGUGGUACAAGUGUGCAUUUUCGUGGUAGAAAGUACCAUAGCGAUGGUACAAGUGAUCACUUUCUUGGUACAACGUGCCAGAAUCAUCGUACAAGUGUGCAUUUUUCUGGUAGAAAAUACCAGAUUCGUGGUACAUGUGACCGUUUUGAUGGUACAAAGUACCAUAGUGAUUGUAGAAGUGAUCAUUUCUGUGGUAUAAAGUACGAUAGUGCUGGUACAAGCUACCAUUUCCGUGGUGCAAAGUACUAUGGUGAUGAUACAAGUGAGCAUUUUCGUGGAACAAAGUACCAUAGUGAUGGUACAAGUGACCAUUUUUGUGGUACAAAGUACCAUAGUCAUGGUACAAGUGACCAUUUUUGUGGUACAAGGUACCAAAUUCGUGGUACAAGUGACCAUUUUCGUGGUACAAAGUACGAUAGUGAUGGUACAAGGUACCAUAGUGAUGGUACAAGUGACCAUUUUCGUGGUACAAAGUAUCAUAGUCAUGGUACAAGUGACGAUUUUUGUGAUGGAAAGUACGAUAGUGAUAGUAAAAGUGACCCUUGUCCCGCUACAAAGUACCAAAUUCGUGGUACAAGUGACGAUUUUCGUGGUACAAAGUACAAUAGUCGUGGUACAAGUGACCAUUUUUGUGAUACAAAGUGCGAUAAUGAUGAUACAAGUGACCCCUUUCGCGCUACGAAGUACCAAAUUCGUGGUACAAGUGACCAUUUUCGUGGUACAAAGUACCAUAGUGAUGGUAGAAGUGACCAUUUUCGUGGUACAAAUCAUGGUACAAGUGACCAUUUUGGUGGUACAAACAACCAUAGUGAUGGUAAAAAUAAGCAUUUUCGUGGUAAAACGUGGCAUAAUCAUGGUACAAGUGUGCAUUUUCGUGGUAGAAAGUACCAAAUUCGUGAUACAAGUGACCGUUUUUAUGGUACAAAGUACCAUAGUGAUGGUAGAGGUGACCAUUUUUGUGGUACAAAGUACCAGAGUCGUGGUUCAAGUGACCAUUUUUAUGGUAUAAGGUGCCAUAGUCGUGGUACAAGUGACCAUUUUUAUGGUACCAAGUACCAUAGUCGUGGUACAAGUGACCAUUUUUAUGGUACCAAGUACCAUAGUCGUGGUACAAGUGAUCAUUUUCGUGGUACAACGUCCCAUAGUCAUGGACCGAAACUGAAACAAACUACGUGUAUAGAAAUGAAAAGCGGUGGUUAUUAUGCUGGCGAUCGUCAGCAAGUAACUGGCUAUGUUUUUACACCGCAAGAUUGUAUGACAAAAUGUGAUCAAAAUAACAACUGUAUAGCAUGGACGCAUCUGACUUCAGCUCAAAUAUGUUGGCAUCAAACUUCAGUUAGGGAAUGGAUCAAUGAUGGCGCCUAUACGGGUGGAUCCUGUCUGAGUAAGACAACUAAAACAAUAUUAAUCAUCAUUGUUCUCUUUCUCAAUAACAUUGAUAUAUCCAAUUAA